AUGCUGGACAUAGAACCCUGCACUCCGUGGUCAUACAGAAAAAUUGUGAGAAAUGAAAUUGGUUCUCUUUUUUGCUGCUCUCCUGCUUGUUGCUCUUCAUGUCAACCUCCAGGUCAUGUGCAUCUCAACGGCCGAGAGGGAGAAUCUAUUGAAGGCCCACGACGUGAAUCGGACCUCAGUUCGGAGCGGCUUGGUGGCCGGUCAACCGGCAGCCAAGACUUUGCAGAAUAUGGUAAGCAUCAUUUGUACUGGUCCCCAGCUGACGUGUCGUCCAAGUCAAUGGAGGAGCGUAUCGUGAAAGAGUUUCUUCAGCCAUGCUGGAUUGGUCCAGUUACUGCGGCUGCAAUCUUGACUUUUCUUCAUUCGAAAGGCUUUCGACGUUGCACAAGAUUGCCAAGAGACAUGCGACCAAAGCGAGAAUCAAGCGAAGUUGCUGCAUUCCGAGAGUUCUAA